AUGCCUGCGCUCGUCGACGAAGACACCGCCCCCGGGCGCCUCUUGCUCCUCUCGAACCGACUCCCCAUCACCAUCAAGCGCUCCGACGAUGGCAGCUACUCCUUCUCCAUGUCCUCGGGCGGUCUCGUCACCGGCCUCAGCGGUCUCUCAAAAACUACCAGCUUCCAAUGGUACGGCUGGCCUGGUCUCGAGGUCCCCGACAACGAGAUUGCCGGCAUGAAGCAGCGUCUCAAGGACGAGUACAACGCCCACCCCGUCUUCAUCGACGACGAGCUCGCCGACAAGCACUACAAUGGCUUUUCCAACUCCAUCCUGUGGCCCCUGUUUCACUACCACCCCGGUGAAAUCACAUUCGACGAGAGCGCAUGGAGCGCCUACCGCGAGGUGAACCGCCUGUUCGCCAAGGCCGUCGUGCAGGAUGUUCAAGAUGGCGAUUUGAUCUGGGUCCACGACUACCACCUCAUGCUGCUCCCCGAGAUGCUGCGCGAAGAGAUUGGCGACUCCAAGAAGAACGUCAAGAUCGGCUUCUUCCUUCACACCCCAUUCCCCUCCUCCGAGAUCUACCGUAUCCUUCCCGUCCGCGAGGCCCUGUUGACCGGCGUGCUCGACUGCGAUCUCAUCGGUUUCCACACCUACGACUACGCCCGCCACUUCCUGAGCAGUUGCUCUCGCAUCCUUGGUACCCCAACAACACCCAACGGGGUGGAUUACAACGGCAGGUUCGUCACUGUCGGCGCAUUUCCCAUUGGCAUCGACCCCGAGAAGUUCGUCGAGGGCCUCAAGAAGCCCAAGGUCCAGGAGCGCAUCGAGGCCCUCAAGCGCAAGUUUAACGGCGUCAAACUCAUCGUCGGCGUCGACCGUCUCGACUACAUCAAGGGCGUCCCCCAGAAACUCCACGCCCUAGAGGUCUUCCUCACAGAACACCCCGAGUGGAUCGGCAAGAUCGUGCUCGUCCAAGUCGCCGUGCCCUCGCGCCAAGACGUCGAGGAGUACCAGAACCUCCGCGCCGUCGUCAACGAGCUCGUCGGCCGCAUCAACGGAAAGUUCGGCACCAUCGAGUUCAUGCCCAUCCACUUCCUCCACCAGAGCGUCUCCUUCGACGAGCUCACCGCCCUCUACGCCGUCUCGGACGUCUGCCUCGUCUCCUCCACCCGCGACGGCAUGAACCUCGUCUCGUACGAGUACAUCGCCACCCAGAAGGAGCGCCACGGCGUCAUGAUCCUCUCCGAGUUCACCGGCGCCGCCCAGUCCCUCAACGGCUCCCUCAUCGUCAACCCCUGGAACACCGAGGAGCUCGCCAACGCCAUCCACGACGCCGUCACCAUGACCCCCGAGCAGCGCCUGGUUAACUACCGCAAGCUCGAGCGCUACGUCUUCAAGUACACCUCGGCCUGGUGGGGCCAGUCCUUCGUCGCGGAGAUGACCCGCCUCUCCCACGAGACGAUGCAGUCCAAGACGCUGCGCAACAUCAGCGGCAACGUCGUCGGCCAGGUCAGCAAGGCACUCCACGGCGCCAUCGAGGGCGCGCAGAACCUGGUGGGCAAGGAGGGCGAGGAGGCGAAGCAGGAGAAGCAGGAAGCAUAG